AUGCACUCAGGGGAUCGACCGUCACAGAAUCAAACUUCGAGCACUGACUUCAUCCUCGUGGGGCUCUUUGGUGAAACUGAGCAUGCUGCCCUCCUCUACGCCGGGACCUUCAUCUUCCUGGUGCUGGCCCUGGUGGGGAAUGCCCUCCUCAUCCUGGUGAUCCACGCAGAGCCCCGCCUGCACACCCCCAUGUACGUCCUCAUCAGCCAGCUCUCCCUCAUGGACCUCACGUACAUCCUGGUGACUGUGCCCAAGAUGCUUCUGGGCCAGGUCACUGGAGAUGACACCAUCUCCUUGUCUGGCUGUGUGGUCCAGAUGUUCCUCUACCUGACCCUGGGGGGUGGCGAGUGCUUCCUCCUGGCUGCCAUGGCCUACGACCGAUACGCCGCCAUCUGCCGACCUCUUCAUUACCCACAGCUGAUGAGCCAGAGAGUCUGCUGGCACCUGGUGUGUGGGAGCUGGUUCCUGGGAAUGGUGGAUGGCUUGUUGCUCACCCCCACUACCAUGAGCUUCCCUUUCUGUCAGUCCAGGAAGAUCCUGAGCUUCUUCUGUGAGGCCCCUGCCCUGUUAAAGCUGUCCUGUGUGGACAUCUCGCUCUACAGGGAGCUCAUGUACCUGUGCUGUGUCCUCAUGCUUCUCAUCCCUGUUGCAUUGGUCUCCAGCUCCUACGCCCUCAUCCUGCACCUCGUCUGCAGGAUGAACUCAGCCAAGGGCCGCAGGAAGGCGCUGGCCACCUGCUCCUCCCACAUGGCUGUGGUGCUGCUCUUCUUCGGUGCGAGCACCUACACCUACAUGUUCCCCCACUCCUACCACACGGCCAAGCAGGACAUGAUGGCGUCUGCAUUCUACACCAUCAUCACCCCUGUGCUGAACCCCCUCAUCUACAGCCUCCGCAACAGAGACGUCACGGGGGCCCUGAGGAACCUGGUGCGACCAAGGACGACCUAG